AUGUACAUUAACAGCUUGAUUGAGGAGCUCAGCAGCGCAGAUGUCGGAUGUUCGGUGGAUGGUUGUUUUGUUAACAACAUAAGCUACGCAGACUACAUGGUGCUGCUGAGCCCCUCAGUCAACGGCCUUAGGAUUCUGCUGGAUAUAUGUGAGAGAUAUGCUGUGGCCCACGGUCUAAAAUAUAAUGUGAAAAAGAAGGUGAAAAUAACCCUGUUUAAAACGUAUUGUCAAACCUUAUACACGUGCAACCUGUGGAGUCACUACUCCAAAAAAGCCUACAGUGCUCUGCGCGUCCAAUACAAUAACGCCUUCAGGGCGUCAGGAAUGUUCGCCGCGUGGAGAACCGACAGUUUCCAAGCCGUGAUGCGCAAGCGGGUGGCGUCCCUGGGCGAGCGCGUGCGGGGCAGUGCCAACACUCUCCUGAAGGUGAUCGCUGAGAGGAUGGACAGCCCUAUCUUCGCUCACUGGAUGUCCUUGCAUGUCAAUUGUAAUUAUAAUUAUACUUUCUACUAA